UUAAAUGCUCUGUUAAGCGCCAGUUUGAGGUUAUGUUCGCCGCUCGUUGCUGGGCCAACAACAACACAAAUUAAAAUAAAAUCUAAGCAAGGGAGCUCCGUAGUAUUUACGCAACGCAACUGGAAAGCCCCACCUUCACACAUGGCCACCGCAGCAGCUGUAGCAAAAGUUGGAAAAUCAGUGCACCGCAUUUUCGUGGGCAACCUGCCGUGGACGGUGGGUCAUCAGGAGCUCCGUGGUUACUUUCGGGAAUUCGGACGCGUGGUGUCCGCCAACGUGAUCUUUGACAAGCGCACCGGCUGCUCCAAGGGCUACGGAUUCGUUAGCUUCAACAGCCUGGCGGCGCUGGAGAAGAUCGAGAACGAGCAGAAGCACGUCCUCGAGGGCAACUACCUGAACAUUCAGAAAUCGUAG